CAAGGUGAUAGUGGGGGCCCGCAAUUUGACCUCCGCCUUGCAAAUAAUCCCCUUGUUGUUCAGUUCAGUUUAGCUGACAGUGACGCUACUGUCGUGUGAGGAAUAUCAUCCAAUCCGCAAAUUUUUCCAAGGAAAUGCUCUUCCGGAAGUGUGUCUUCAGUUUUAUUGUGCUUCUCCUGCUCCCUAUUUCGGAGAGUCAGGGAUUUAUCAGGCUCAGGGGAAGGAGAUACAAGGGAGAUGGCAACAAACGCUCUCCUAUUGUCUUUGUUCCUGGAGAUGGGGGAAGUCAAGUGGACGCCAAACUGGAUAAGCCUGAGGUUGUACACUACAUUUGUCAGAAGCAUACAAAGGAUUUCUUCAAUAUUUGGCUGAAUCUUGAGCUUUUGGUGCCUCUUGUGAUUGAUUGUUGGAUUGAUAAUGUGAAAUUGUCAUAUGAUAAUGUCACGCGGUUGACCAGCAACUCACCCGGUGUGACCACACGCAUCCCUGGAUGGGGUAAUCCGGAAAUGGUUGAGUGGCUAGACCCGAGCCACGCUUCAGCCGGUUCGUACUUCAAAGACAUUGGUAAUGCUUUUGCCUCUGUGGGAUACGUUCGCAAUGUCUCUCUCCGGGGAGCGCCUUAUGACUUCCGGAAGGCGCCCAAUGAGAACACAGAAUGGUUUGUGGACUUGAAAGCGCUUGUCGAGGAAACAUAUGCGCUCAACGAUAACCAGGCCGUUACCCUCGUGGCCCACAGCAUGGGUGGACCGAUGAGUCUGGUGUUCCUGCAGCAGCAGACGCGCGCGUGGAAGGACAAGUAUAUUGCGCGCCUUGUGACACUGGCGGGUGCUUGGGCGGGCAGCGCAAAAGCCGUGAAGGUCUUCGCAAUUGGGGAUGAUUUGGGCUCUUUUGCACUCAGCGGGAAGACCAUGAGGGCUGAACAGAUUACGUCUCCUUCCCUUGCUUGGCUGAUGCCGUCACCACUUUUCUGGAAGCCAGAUGAAAUCCUGGUGCAGACGCAGACUCGGGCGUACACGUUCAGUCAACUGGAGGAGUUCUUCAAUGAUCUUCAGUAUCCGACUGGAUGGGACAUGAUGCAGGAUAACAAGAAGUUCGUGAUGAACUUCGCACCACCGGAUGUGGAGGUUCAUGCUCUCUAUGGGACAAACAUAAGCACUGUUGAAAAGCUGUACUACCGCAAGAGCAAAGGUCUCGAUGGCACUCCAGAGCUCAUCAAUGGCGAUGGGGACGGAACGGUGAACCUGCGCUCCCUUCAGGCGUGCACGCAGUGGCGAGACAUGCAGAAGCCGAAGAUAUACACAAUGGAGCUUCCUGGAGUGGAUCACAUGGCCAUUCUGAGCGACAGUCGAGUCAUCAAGUACAUCAUGGACUUACUACUGAAGUGAAGUAUUUAUUUUCUGUUUAGCAAUUUGAGGCUCUCUAAAUUGGUUUGAAGUGACUUGCCAGCAAUAAUUGUGAUGAUACUGAUGAGAUUAUAUGAUUUUCUUUUGGUUAUAUUAUAGAGAAUAUGGAGAAAAUAGAAGACGUGCCAUAAAAAUGGUCUUUAUCGUGUGUUACCCUCCAAGUUUUAUGUUUCCAC